UCUCUUUCUUUCCAAACCAAAUGAAGUCUGUUUCUCUCUUCUCACCUAUACUUUUAUACCUUCGUCUGCUUUUUCUGUUUAGCUUAACUUUAAUGUCCUUUGGUUCAAACAAAAUUGUGGCAGUGGCAUUAGAAAACCAAACAGAUCAUUUGGCAUUGCUUAAAUUCAAAGAAUUAAUAUCCCAUGAUCCUUAUAAAAUUCUUGAAUCUUGGAAUACUUCCAUCCACUUUUGCAAGUGGUAUGGAAUCACAUGCAGCCCCAUGCAUCAAAGAGUUACUGAGUUGAGCUUAAUUGGAUAUGAGUUACAUGGACCUUUGUCUCCCCAUCUUGGCAAUCUCACUUUUUUGAAAACUCUCAACCUAGGAAACAACAGUUUCUUUGGAGAAAUUCCACGGGAGUUGGGUCAAUUACUACAAUUGCAACAACUUCGUCUCAACAAUAACUCAUUUGCAGGUGAAAUUCCUGCAAACUUGACAUAUUGCUCCAAUCUCAAAUACUUGUAUUUGGGAAACAACAAUCUAUCUGGCAAAAUACCAAUUGAAAUUGGCUCUUUGAAAAAGCUUCAAUCAUUUAGUGUUUGGCGAAACAAUUUAACCGGAGAAAUCUCUUCAUUCAUAGGGAAUCUUUCAAGCUUAGCGCGUUUUUCAUGUGAUCAUAACAACAUACAAGGAGAUAUUCCACCAGAAAUAUGUCGCCUCAAAAACUUGUCAUUUUUACUUUUGGGAUUGAACAAAUUUUCUGGUACCAUUCCUUCUUGUCUUUACAACAUUUCAUCACUUAAUAAAAUUAGCUUAACACUGAAUAGCUUUCAUGGCUCUCUUCCACUCAACAUGUUCAACACCCUCCCCAAUCUUCAAACUUUUCAUAUUGGUGCAAAUCAAUUUUCUGGUCCAAUUCCCGAUUCCAUAAUAAAUGCUACCAGUAUUACAGUGUUUGAUAUUAGUGCAAAUGAUUUUGUAGGACAAGUUCCAAGUCUAGGAAGUUUAAGAAACUUACAUCUUCUAAAUUUGGAAAACAACAAUAUUGGCAAUUUUUCCACUGAGCUUAAGCAACUAUAUCUUGGGAGAAAUAUGAUAUCAGGACAAAUUCCUGCAGAAUUAGGAUGUCUAGUUGGCUUAAUCCUAUUGGCCGUGGAACAUAACCAAUUGGAAGGAAAUAUUCCAACUACUUUUGGGAAUUUCCAAAAGAUGCAAGUGUUAGGUUUGAAUGAAAACAAGUUGUCAGGAGAUAUACCAUCCUCUAUAGGUAAUCUUAGUCAAUUGUAUCUUUUGAAUUUAAAGCUUAAUAUGUUUGAAGGAAACAUUCCUCGAAGCAUAGGAAAUUGUCAAAAAUUACAAUUUUUAGACCUUUCACUAAAUAAGCUUAGAGGAACCAUACCAUUAGAAGUUUUUAAUCUUGUAUCUUUAGCAAACUUAUUGAUCUUAUCACAUAACUCAUUCAGUGGUAGCUUACCAAAAGAAGUGAGUAUGCUAAAAAAUAUUGAUUCGCUAGAUUUCUCUUACAAUCAUUUGUCGGGGGAGAUUCCGAUAUCUAUCGGUGAAUGCACAGUCUUAGAAUACAUUGAUUUGCAAGGGAACUCCUUCAACGGAACAAUACCAUCCUCGUUGGCUUCUCUCAAAGGUCUUCAAUAUUUAGACCUUUCAUUCAAUCAAUUGUCCAGUUCAAUUCCUGGUGAUAUACAAAAUAUUGUUGGUUUAAAACACUUGAAUGUUUCUUUUAACAUGUUGGAAGGUGAGGUACCAACAGAAGGUGUUUUUGGAAAUUCAACCCAAAUAGGAAUAAUUGGAAAUAAAAAGAUUUGUGGAGGUAUUUCACAACUGCAUCUACCAGCGUGCCCCAUCAAGGAUAGAAAACACAUAAAACACCAAAAGUUUUUGUUGAUUGCAGUGAUAGUUGGUGUUCUUUGUUUUCUUCUCAUACUGUCAAUUUUUAUAACUAGCUACUGGAUGAGGAAAAGAAACCAAAAACAAUCUUUUGAUUCACCGACAAUUGAUCAACUUGAUAAGGAUUCACACCGAGACUUAUAUCGAGGAACCAAUGGAUUCUCAAUUACAAAUUUAAUUGGAUCAGGAAGUUUUGGGUCUGUGUACAAAGGAAAUCUUGUGUCAGAAGACAAUUUUGUUGCCAUAAAGGUCCUGAAUCUCCAAAAGAAGGGAGCUCGCAAGAGUUUUAUUCUUGAAUGCAAUGCACUAAAAAAUAUUAGACAUCGAAAUUUAGUUAAGAUCAUAACAUGUUGUUCUAGUUCAGAUUAUAAAGGUCAAGAAUUUAAAGCUCUAGUUUUUGAUUACAUGAAAAACGGAAACUUAGAACAAUGGUUGCAUCCUGAGAUUUUAAAUGUAGAGAAUCAAACAACAUUGGACCUCACUCAUAGAGUAAACAUCAUUACUGAUGUUGCAUUGGCAUUGCAUUAUCUUCAUCAAGAAUGUGAACAUUUGAUCAUUCAUUGUGAUCUAAAGCCAAGUAAUGUGCUUCUUGAUGAUGACAUGGUUGCUCAUGUGAGUGAUUUUGGCAUAGCAAGACUUGUCUCAGUCAUUGACGAUACCUCUCAUAAGAAUACCAGUACAAUUGGAAUAAAAGGGACUGUUGGCUAUGCUCCUCCUGAGUAUGGGAUGGGCUCUGAAGUGUCUACCUGUGGUGAUAUGUAUAGCUUUGGAAUCUUGAUGUUGGAAAUUCUUACUGGUAGAAGACCCACAAGUGAAGUUUUUGAAGAUGGCCAAAAUCUACAUAACUUCGUCGCAAUUGCCUUUCCUGACAAUCUUAUAAACAUUUUGGACCCGAGUCUUAUAUCAAGAGAAGCAGAAGAAGAAGAAGAAGAAGAAGAAGAAGAAGAAGAAGAAGAAGAAGAAGAAGAAGAAGAAAUACAAGAUGGAAAUCGUGAGAAUUUUAUUCCAACUGUUGAGGAGUGCCUAGUUUCACUUUUUAGGAUUGGACUUAAUUGUUCAAUGGAAUCACCAAAGGAAAGGAUGAAUAUUGUGGAUGUCACCAGAGAGAUUAGCAUAAUAAGAAAAACUUUUUUCAAAGGUAUUCGAACUUAG